AAUCGAACAUGGAGGUCACAGCCGAACUUUCUCUUCUAGAAGAACUGGGCGAAAUUAUUGGAACUCUUACCACUUCUGGUAGUCCAUCGUUGAACAGUGAUCUCCUGAAGAAGCUAAAGAACAUAUGUAAGAAAUCUGAUGUUUACGUCAAACACGCUUACCACUUGAUUCUGACACAGCUGAAGAAGAACCACGCAGAAAUACGACUUUCAUCAUUUCAGAUCAUCAAUGAGCUCUUUUUUCGUUCCCAUGCUUUCAGAGAAAUGUUGCUGAUUGAUUUCCAGAUCUUCUUGGAACUUACAUUAGAAACAGACUACAAGCAACUUUUGCCACCACCUGCAUCUGCCGCAAAAAUUUUGAAGGAGAAAGCCUUGGAGGCCAUAGAUAGCUGGCAUCGGAAAUUUGGAUCUCAUUACAAGAAACUAGAUUUAGGUUACAGCUAUUUAAAAAGGGUUAAAAACGUUGAGUUAAGUGAUCACUUAGCUCGAAGUCAAGCUGAAAGUCGCCAAGUAGAGGAUAGGGAAAGACGGAAAAGGAAUAUCAUUAAUGGACAGAUUAUUCGUGUUGAAAAUGAGAUGUCGGAGAUGAUCAGCGAAAUGGAAUUGUGUGCUACUGAAAUAGAGAAUUGUUUUAAGCUUUUGUUACCUCACCCAGAUGAAUAUGAGGUUCACUGCACCAGGGAAUCUGCCUUAUCUGAGCUUGAACAGAUUGCUGAUACAGAUGUUAACAAAAGUCAGGAUGGUACAGAGGUCACCAAGAAUUUAAUUGGAAACCAAACACCAGACAGUAUGGAAGAAGACAAAAUCACUGACAAAAGUCAGGAAAAUGAUCCUAAAGUGGAUACUGAUGAGGAGCUGGUGACUGAUCAUGGACUGGGAACAAGGUCAUAUCAGCUGACCAUCAGAUUAGACAAGACUGGACCAGAAAUAAGAGAAACAUCUGACAACAGCAUUGUGUUAAACACAGCUCGGGAGUUUUACAAAGAAUUGACUCAUAAACACUUACCCAUGAUCAACAAGUGGAUUUCUGUGUUGAACAAAGGUGAAGGAACACAACAGAAAAUUCAAGAACUUAUUGAUCUUAAGGAGACUUUAGAUAAUGCAAAAACUAAAUUCCUUGAGUUGAAAAUAACACCUCUUCCUGACACCAAAAAUAGUCAAAGUGCUUCAACAGAGAGUAGCAGUGAUGAAGAAGAUGACAUUGAAGAUUUUGAAGAUGUUCCAGAAAGGGAGGACAUUGAAUUUCUGGUUUCUCCGGGCCAAACAGCUGGAAAGGGUUCAAAACCACCAACUAGCACUCACAAGACAUUCACUGAAUCAAGUUCCAAAAUAUCUCAAAAGAAUAAAGCUAGCUUACUGAAGAAGUUUGGUGCUAAUCUUCGGGAACUGGGUGAUCCCACUUCUCGUGCUACUGCUUUGUUUAAAGUGAGGGACAAACUAUCAAACACUGAUUCUUUGUCAGUUCCUGAUAAAAGUUCUAAGGAACCAGUAGAUGAAAGGAAACAGAGGUUACUUGAAAAAGCACCAGUUGUGCCAUUUGACAUGGAUCUCUAUUUCUGGGAAGACCCAACCGCUGAGUCGCACAAGGUUGUCAAAAUGUAUCUUGAUAACAACUGGGCAUCUAAGGAGCAUGAAGGUGAAUAUCUUGUUGGUGAUGAGAAAGAGGCCAGACCAACACGAAUGGUCACAUUUGCAGGUAGCUUUGAACCUGUCAAGUGGUCUUGCCGUGCACCUUUACCAAGUGGUAAACUUUGUCCCAGACACGAUAGAGUGAAAUGUCCUCUUCAUGGCAAAAUUAUACCACGGGAUGAAACUGGUAGCCCUGUGAUUCAUGACAACACCACAUCUGAUGCCGCCUUUGAAACUUCAGAAAGAAAAAGCACCAGUGUUAAUGCUGAAGAAGAUAAAGGUUCGCCUGCAGUGGACUGGAAAGAGAUUCAACUUGAGGUCGAAGCAGCUACUGGCUUGGACUUGGGAGGCAAAAAGAAACGAAAACGUAAAAGUCACUCGAAAGCAAAUGGCAAAAAGGAGUCUGGUCUGACUGAUAUUAAAAAGCAAAAGAAUACAGUAAGAAAUCGUUUAGGAAAGAUUGUGUUGAAUAAGAAAGCUAUGCGACGUGUGGCAGAUCAAAUGGAUGCUAUUGCAACAAAAAGAUGUGAGGACAAAUUUGCUAAUCAAUUUAAUUAUUCCUUGAGAAAGUAGCAUGACUUGUCUUGAAAGAAAAGCCUAAGAAGACCUUACACAUAAUGCCUGAUUUUCACUGGUUUCUAAAGCAAAGCAGUACAUGAGAGACUUGUCUGUUAGACUCAACUUAAAAAUUAUUGCAGAAGGUUGCAAAAGACCUUAUCCAUUAAUGCUGUUGAUUUUGACACUCAAAGCAUAAAAUUUCAAUUUUUUUUAAUUUGUCCUGACUAUCAAAGGUUUCAAAUGAAGAAUAGUUGAUGAUGCAUGAAGGACCUUUCUGUUUAACUCAGCUUAGAGAUGACUGAAGAAUUGUUUUUGUCAUCAAUCAAAAAUUGUGCUCUACAAAAAUGAUUUUGAUCAGUUUUAUUAUGUAAUUAUAUACAACAUAUAAAUAUUAACUUACACUGUAGUUAGGGGAUGAUCAGAUAAUGUAACAGUGACAGUAUGAAAGAAGGAAAAGCAGUUAAGUGUCAACCCUUUAACUCCCAUGAGUGACCAAGACAGAAUUUCUUCUUACAAUAUCAAUAUAAUAUCAACCAGAUAAGCGAUGAGAAUAAAGAAAAAUAUCAGUCAAGGGAUUAUAAGUUGAUCCAAAACCAAAUUCUGAAAACUAACAUCACAAGAACUGUAUGGCAGAUAGUAAGGAGAAUUACUAAUGAAAUCUUAGGAGUUAAAGGGUUAACCUUGUUCAACAAGUUCACUCAAAAUGUGAAGAAAAAAUAUUUAAAAUUAUCUGCCUAGGGUGAGGAAAUAUUUCCUUCACCUUUUAUAUCAAUAGAUAAUUUAUCACAAAGAUUGCAUUAUUAAGUAGAGUAACUAUAAAUAAAACAUAACUUGAAAAGGAUUUAA